UGAUGCAGCAUAAUGAACUUGACCCCUUGAAAGUAUGGAUGAUGCCAGAAGCUCGUGGCCUCAGCCGCAUCCUACAAGACCCAAGGCUCAGCAUCAUUCUAGUUCAUGAUCGUCAUCAUUCCCACUCAGAGCGCCCAGCCAGCUUACGCACAUCUGUUCAUCGUCACCGCUGGUGUGAUAACGUCUUGUCAAGUUCCUGAUCACCGUACGUAGUGCUCGCCCUUGACGAGAUGGAGAACGAGGCAUUUCUGCACCAACAGGCCAAACGACAAAGAAAGCAACGCCACACAAGACGCUACUUGCUGGAUGCGCUCAUGUCUGAGGCAAAGCUCAUAGGCACGUUUGUGCAUCUCAAAAAGAAACCAGAUGCAGAACGUGCUCAAAAAACGCUACAACGCGUCGCCAACCAUGUCAUGCCAAUCCUCAAAGCUCGUAGCUGGCGCGUUCGUACCCUUGCUGAAUUCUACCCUGAGCAAAAAAACUUACUCGGUACAAAUCUCAAUCGAGGACAAAAGAUAUCGUUGCGAUUGAGGCAGCCAUUUGAUGAUAGCUCACACCUUGAAUUUGAAGAUGUCAUGGGAACAAUGCUACAUGAAUUAGCGCAUAUCGUACGCGGUCCGCAUGACGAGCAGUUCUACAGAGUUCUAGAUUCACUCAAUCUAGAGUAUGACGCACUACUGAGUAGUAGCGCCGGCAAGUUCUUGGAGUUGGGCGAAGGAAAGACACUUGGUGGACGGGCAGCUGGUCCAACACAGCAAGAAAUCAGAAAAGCCGCUGAGCGAAGAAAGAGAGGGACAGGACCACAGGGACAAAAAGUUGGGGGUGCUUUAUCAGGUAUGCUUUCUGCAAAUCAACGUGCUGCUGAAGCGGCUCAGCGACGCUUGUUUGAUGCGAAAUGGUGUGGUCAUGGUCGAGCUGAAGACCCAGUCUUGGUGGAUGAAGAGGAGGAAAUUUCCAAUGAUGAAAGUCUAACUAUUAUGACAGACGAUACGAAGGCCAAGAGACCAAUACAGGCGCAGUCUGAUAUUAUCAUCAUCGAAUCUGACGAAGAGACGCCCAAGCUCAAGCCUGCACUACAAAAUCCAAACAAGAAGCGCAGAAGAGCCGAUGAGAAUGGUGAUUAUGCAAGAAUGAAGCAGCGCGGUCUCAUCAGAGAUACUUUACAAGACCACCUCGCCAAGCUGGCUGCAGACAAAGCUACCAAGUCUGGAGACAAAAUGACAACUAUGCCACUUGCUACGAUCCCUGGCCGUUGGUUUUGCGGUAUUUGUACAUUAGCCAACAAGCUUGGGGAUGCCUACUGCGAUGCGUGUGGCACUGAACGACCCUCCGGAGCGAAUCGACUUGGACAACAUUGGCUCUGUGAGGGCUGCUUGCAAAUGAACGAAAAGAGCAUGUGGAUGUGUAUACGUAAUAAUCUGCCCCAUGUUUCAAUUUUAACUAACAAGCUAGGCUGUCAAGCGAUCAAGAAGAGUUCGUAAAUCAUAAGCCCGAGACUGGAUGAUUUGUUUGUACUUGGAGU